AUGCUGAGCUGUACCUCUGCGACGGGCAGGGAUCUCAACGAUGCCUAUCUUGCCCGUCCCUUCUCGCCAUGGCAUCUUCAGAUCUCAGCUCUCGACAGACAGUGGGUUGGCGCAAGAGGCAUCAGAGCGACAAUGAUCAGAGGCUACCGCAUCUCGUGGACACUCAUCACUCUCCCGAUGUGGCUCCUUCUUUGGCUCGUCGACUCGGUUGUGCCACUGCACAAAAUCCUGCCUGCCACAGUCUUGCCUCGUGAUCCGACUUGGAGCGCUCGCCAGCGCUUCACGGGUCCUUUGCUCACCCGGUUCAUCUGGUCGAUGACAUGGGGCUUCCAAGAUCCUUGCGCUCAAGACAAGGCUGCUCUGACUGUCAGUAAGCUACAUCACUGGCUGUUCUCAAACGGAUGCUCAGCAAGCUCCCGUCAUCUCCCGCCGGACGCGCAUACGACGGCUGCCUGGAUCAGGUACAAUGCAAGAGACCCUUAUGGCGUCAUCGUGCCCAAGACAGUCCGCGCUUACUGGUUUCUUCCGCCUCAAAUUAGUCAGCAAGGCUCAUCGCUCGACCGAGAUCCGUCCUUGCAUGCUAACGAACGCGCUAUCCUGUAUCUGCACGGCGGCGGUCAUAUCAAUGGCAGCGCUACCGAAGGCGAUCGAUGUUACGCACUUGCAAACGCAACGGGUCUGCCCGUGUUCGGAGUCACACUUCGCAAAGCUACAAAUACUUCCCGAGCUUUUCCGGCCUCACUGCAAGACGCAACCCUGGCCUAUGCCCAUCUUUGCCGACUCGACAAGAAGAUCACGAUUGCAGGCGAUUCGGCUGGCGGUGGCCUCUGUAUGGCGCUCUUGCUGCAUCUCGCGGAUCUUUCCUCGGAUAAGGAAGCCUGCUUCAACUUCCGCAUGCCGACGCAUGUCAUAUUGCACUCUCCUUGGGUUGAUUUAACGAUGUCGCAAGAUACCUACUACACAAACGCGGCUUAUGACAUUCUCAAUACGACCAUGUGUGCAGAGGCUUCACAUGCGUACACUGCCAAUGUCCGACGUGGGCGACCGCUCAACGCUACAGGCCUGCAAUUCGACAGUGUGUACGACCAAGGCCCCCGUCAUCCUAUGCUUUCACCAGGCUUGCCUGCGUCUCUUCCAGCUUUGACUCGAUUGGCCAGCGUGCCCAAUGAACAGACGCCAAAAUUCUACAUCAAUUACGGCAGCAAAGAGCUGUUCCGCGGUGAAUUGGACGACUUUGUGACGCUCCUUCAGGCCAUUCCAGACAGCUUUGUCCGAGUCCUGAGAUGCGACGGACAAGUUCAUUGCUGGCAUCUUUUAGGCGCCUUCCUCGGUCACGAUCAUGCCGUGCUCGACGAGGCUAAAGAGUUUCUGGACCUGUGA